AUGGAAAACAUGGGCGAACUAGUUGAACAACGUGAUCUGGAAGAACCGAUACCCAUGGAAGGCGUUGAUUCGCCAGUACGUAACGCGCAAGUCUCGGAACGCCGCGAACGGAUUUCACCGGAGCACGCGGUUAUUGUUUCGGUUCGUAGCGAACGUCCUUCGUGUAAAGACGAGGAUCAAGAAGUAUUAUCGGUAAUUGUAUCACCGCGAGCUGAUUCGAGAGAUUCCGAGCUUUUAUCGCCGACUUCAGCCAGCAUGAUUGACGCAUCCGAAUUUCGAAUGCAACCUGAGCCGACCUACCAAACUCUUACGAGCAUGGUAGAUCGCGGAAUAUCUCCGGCAGGUCUCUCACCGAAUUCUUCUUACGCAACUUUAACUCCUCUUCAACCCUUACCUCCGAUAUCCACGGUAUCCGAUAAAUUUGCUUACGGUCAUGCUGGUAGCGUGUCUGGAUCGUUCACGGUCAUGCAGAAUAAUUUAGGUUUGGGAUACGGAUACGAUAAAAUGGGGGUUUCGUCACAUUAUUCUACUCCGGCAUUAGGUUUGGGCAUUCCCCAUUCACCUCUUUCUCCCCAAAGUCCCUACAGUCAGGGCAUUCAAUCACCGCAAAAAAGCAUGUCUCCGACAGGUUACGAAUCUCCCAAUUAUCAUAGAUCUAUGGCGGGACCUCAAAGUCCCGCUUUGAGCCCUCCUUCUGCUUCUUUACAUUCUCCCGUUAAUUCAACCAUACACUUCGGAGGUGAAUUGGUUGAAUCUCCUUCGCCGCCCACGGUAAUACACAGACCUCCCAGUCAGGGCAAACCUAUUCAAAACGAAAUGGCCGUGAACGUCGAGGAAAUAAACACAAAAGAGCUCGCUCAAAGAAUUAGCGCCGAGCUUAAAAGAUACAGCAUACCCCAAGCUAUUUUUGCUCAAAGAGUGUUGUGUCGGUCACAGGGGACUUUAUCGGAUUUGUUACGGAAUCCAAAACCUUGGUCUAAGCUCAAAAGCGGUCGGGAAACUUUUCGAAGAAUGUGGAAAUGGCUUCAAGAGCCGGAGUUCCAAAGGAUGUCUGCGCUGCGGCUGGCCGAGGAGACUGCUACGGGGGGAUCAGACCAGAUCACACAAGACCACAACUCGGCCCCCAAGAAGCCCCGUUUGGUUUUCACAGAUCUCCAGCGCCGUACGCUACAGGCUAUUUUUAAAGAAACGAAAAGACCCUCGAAAGAAAUGCAAGUAACAAUUGCAAGACAAUUGGGAUUAGAACCGACGACAGUUGGUAAUUUUUUUAUGAAUGCAAGACGAAGGUCGAUGGAUAAGUGGAGGGACGAAGAACCUGGUAAAAAUGGCGGAUCACCAUCAUCGAGCGGUACCUCAUCACAACCGGUGCCUCAUGGAAUGCAACAGACGACUCCGGAUGAUCCAGCAUCCGUACAUCUUGAUGAUGUCGGUCACGGACACGAUGGAUUGUGA